CGCUAGAGAACUAACAAAAGUUACGAAUGGCUGAGAGAGAGAGAGAGAGAGAUCAAAAUGGUUUAAGGUUGAUGCUAGAAAGCUGAAAACAAGUUACAUCUUGUGUGUAUGAGAGGAAGAGAGAGAGAUCCAAAUAGUUUACAGUUGAUGCUAGAGAACUGAGAAAAGUUACAUAGAGAGAGAGAGACCCAACUGCCAACAGAAUAUACAGUGCCUGAGACUGAAACAGACCAUGGCAAAGCUCGAAAACCGCAAGGCACCACGUGACAUGUCUGACCCCAUGAAUGAAUUUACCAAAUAUACUGCAUAGAAUACACUUACCACCAUGAUUAUGGAUUCAACCCCUGUGGUAAAUCCAGUACUAUAUUGUCCCAACAUUAUCAAAUAUAAAGAAAAACUAUCGCUACAACCGAUAGAAGCUUGUAAAUCCCAGCAAUUUGGGCUAAACCCAAAUGACCAAUGCUCUCAAAAGGCUCUAAGCUCUUCAAGACUGUGAGCUUUGCCAUGGCUUCUACAGUAGAAAUCAAUAGAGCUUUCCUCUGUCUCAUUUGUGUUUCUUUGAUAUUCAUGAGAGAAGCUCAGAGUUUGUUUAGCUGUGAUGGAAACUCCAUAGAAGCUUCGAGUUAUCAAUGCAAUCCUUACGAGUCACCUGAUAACUGCAACACGUUUGCUGUGUUUUAUGGGAAUCCUAAUCUUCUCUCUCUAACAAAUCUGAGCUCUUAUUUGAAUUUGAACAGAACCCAAAUCAUGGAAGCGAAUGAUCUCCCUGCAAAUUCUGAGCUUCUAGAGAGAGAUCAGCCAUUGCUGAUACCAUUAGAGUGCAGAUGCAGUGGUGGUUUCUUCUCAGCUCAAACUGUGAAGACCACUGUAAAGGAUGAUACCUUUUCAAGCAUAGCAGCUUCAUUAGAAGGCUUGACAACCUGCAAAGCUAUAACAGAAAGCAAUCCGAAGCUUUCCCCAUGGUUACUCAAAACAGGAACAAAGGUCAUGGUUCCUCUGAGAUGUGCUUGCCCAAAUUUCUCUCAGCUCAAUCAAGGAAUGAAGUUCCUUAUCUCUUACCCUGUUCAUGGAAGAGAAACAGUUUAUGGGUUGGCCUCUGCUUUCAAUGUCACUGUUGAAACUAUAGCCUCUGCAAAUAAUAUAUCGGGGGAGUUCAAACCAGACGGCUUGGUCUCAAACUCAACUGUUUUUAUUCCUCUCUCUAAAAAACCCACUUUGAAGAAGGCAACAGAGAGCAUCUCUAUAAUGGGUCCAACUCAGAUGAGCUUAAAAAGAGAGAGAAAGAAGAGAAUCAAGCUCUAUAUAGUGGUAAGUUGUGUUUCAAUAGUGGCGAUUCUAGCUAUAAUUGGAGGAAUUUUAAUGGUCAGAUUGAAGAGGAAGAAGAAACCAGCAGUGGAGUCCAAGACUGGGGACUUAGAGCUUCAGAUAAGUAGGACUCCGAAGAACUUAACAGAGGUUUCACAGGAGGCUCAAGAGAAAAAAUCUCUAGAUAAACCAGAAAUGGUGCUAAUCAAUACUUUUUCCCUGGAGGAUUUAAGAAAAGCUACAGAGAAUUUCAAUCCAAGCAAUCUCAUUGAGGGAUCAGUGUUCCAUGCUCUGCUUAAUGGGAAGAACUUGGCCAUAAAGAAGAUUAAACCAGAGAGUGUUGCCAAUAUAAACUUGAAAUUUCUUCAGAGUAUUAAUCACCCAAAUCUUGUCAAGCUCAUUGGAUCAUGUACGGGUAAUGGGAUCCAUUCAUACCUGGUUUUCGAUUAUGCUAAGAAUGGAUCCUUGAAAGACUGGCUCCAUGGUGGCUUAGCCAUUAAAAACCAGUUCAUAGCUUCUUGUUAUUGCUUCUUGACUUGGAAACAAAGGCUAAAGAUAUGCCUCAAUGUAGCACAAGGCUUGCAGUUCAUACACAGUUAUCUCAGGCCAGGUUUUGUUCAUAAGCACCUAACAAGCAGAACCAUCCUUCUCGAUGAAGAGUUCAAUGCCAAAAUCGCAGGCUUUGGAUUGGCUGAAUGCUCCAACAGAUCCGAAGGUUCAUCUGAGAUAAGCAGCUAUUUGGCACCUGAGUUUGUCUCUCAUCACAAAAUCGCUCCAAGUAUCGAUAUCUUUGCUUUUGGGGUGAUUUUGAUUGAGGUUUUAUCAGGAACAAAACCUGAAUCAAGGGCUAAGGAGGGAGAAAGUGUUCCUCUGUCUGAAAGGAUAAACUCCGCUUUGCUCUCUGAUGAUGUUGAGAGUGAAAUUAGAGAGUGGGUGGAUACUGCAUUUGGCGAAGAUUACUCAUAUAAUGCAGCACUAAGCUUGGCUAAUCUCGCUAAAUCCUGUGUAGAAGAGGACCCAUGCUUGAGACCAAGUUCAGAGGAGAUUGUUGAGAAGUUGUCUAAAAUGGUCGAAGAAUUACCAGAUGAAGAGAAAGCCUCAAGUUUUGGUAGUUGCUCCAAGAUCAAGACCAAGGAUGCUUUGAACAUGGAUGUCUGAUUCUGAUGGUUUGCCACGAUCUCUCUC